ACCAGUCCGGAAUGGAAACAGUGGAAUGCCAUAAAUUCUCUGAUUGUGGCAUGGUUGCUUAACUCUUUGGUUCCUAACAUUGCUGCUUCUGUAGAGGCACUCACAAAAGCUUCAGAGGUAUGGGACACCCUAUCAAAUCUUUAUUCUGGAAAGGGGAACCUUAUGUUGAUUGCUGAGAUUGAGGAUAAAGUGCAUGACUUGCAACAAGGAAACAAAACUGUGAUGGCAUAUGUGGCUGAGUUGCAGCAUCUUUGGGGAGAUUUAGAUCAUGUUGAUCCUCUGGAACUUGCCCAUGGGGAAUGUGUGAGUGAUGCUGCAAGCUCGAUUGAACGUCGGCGAGUCAUGAAGUUCUUGAAAGGUCUUAAUCAAGAUUUUGAGGGGAGAAGGGCUGCUUUACUGCACCAAACCACUACCCCUUCUCUCAAAGAAGCCAUUGCAGCUAUGUCCAGAGAGGAAGUGCGUCUGAAUAUGACAAAGGGAAGCAAUUCUGUCCCUCAUCCGACCUUCUACACUACCGAGAGACAAGAGAUGAGAGACUGCUAUACUUGUGGGCAGAAGGGACACUUGAAGCAUCAGUGUACCUCCUUUGCUACACCCAGUAGGGGGAGAGGAGGAUACACACAUGGCAGAGGAAGCUACAGAGGAAGAGGUGAUGGCAGAGGUGGUGGACAGCCAUAUGGACAACAGUAUGGAAGAGGUGGUGGACAGCAGUAUGGCAGAGGUGGUGGACAGCCAUAUGGACAUCAGUAUGGCAGAGGUGGUGGACAACCAUAUGGACAACAGUAUGGCAGGGGUGGUGGACAGCAGCACGCUAUAUCACCCAAGGCACAUAUGGCAGCAGCUUCAGAGCCAACUACCAGUACCUCUCAGGGACAAUCAAAGGAAGAAGGACAAAAUGAAGCAACCUUUGGGAACUUUGCUCACUAUGUCUACAAAGAUGAAGGAAAGGGAGAGCAGCAAGAAGAUUGGGACUGCAACCAGGCAUAGAGGUCUUUGGCACAUAGAUCGUGACAAGAUGGGGCAUGAUGCUAGUUCCGUACUUGCUGCGAUUGUUGGAGGAAAGGAGAGUAUGGCACUAGUUCAUCAUUAUCGAAUGGGCCACAUGGCGUUUGAUAAAAUGUUUCGAGUUUUUCCUGAUUUUCUCCCAAACCCAAGAAGCUUGCUUGCAAUGGAGGGCAAUGUGGUGUAUGGAUUCGAGUGCUGGGCACUGAUCACAACCAGCAUCGGCACACCAACAUUUUUUGACCAUAUUAUCUUUGGUAUUCAGCCUACUCCUGAAGGCUAG